AUGCGUAUUGUCAAAGUCUUGAUAGCGUUUCUUCCGGUGGUCGUUCAGGCAGCAAUUCCCCUAUCUAGGCAGCAUCCCCUCAUAGCUCGUGUCAAUCAACCUUAUUCCUGGACUAUUUCUCCAUCCACUUUUGAUAAUACAAAUUUCUCGAGUAUCUUCCUUCGGACAUCUCCAGGUUGGCUCAUUUACGACAACGCUACGAGCACGUUCAGGGGCACCCCAACUCCAAAGGAUAUUGGAAUUACUACAGUCCGUAUUUACAAUCAAUUUGGAGAUAGCGAUCGCUUCCAGCUCUAUGUGUCCGACCUUCCACCACCUAUCGUCAAUAUACCACUGGAGACUCAACUGGUCCCUGGGAAUCCGUCAAUCUCAUCGGUAUUUACAUUUCCGGCUCCCAGUAUUGGCGUUCGGGUUCCUCCGAAGUGGUCCUUUAGCAUUGGCUUUGAUGGAUUCACGUUUAUCACUCCCGAUGAGCGUAAUGUUUAUUAUGAUGCCACCUUGGCUGAUGGUUUACCCUUGCCCGAUUGGAUUGUCUUCAACAAUCGAACGCUCACAUUUGAUGGAGUAGCUCCCACCAAUCGUAGCCCAAAGCUCUCGAUUAUACUUCACGGAAGUGACCGGUGGGGGUUCGGAGCAAUCCAAGCACGAUUCGAUUUGGUUAUUGGGCCGCGCACACAUCUUCUGGGAGUUGACGGCACAACCGGUCUGGAAACCAUCAAUGUAACUGGAAGAACACCGUUUGCGCACUCAAUCAAAACAUUUGGUGGAUUAACGAUCGACGGGAUACCAGUAGUUGCUGCAAACAUAUCUCGCGUUGAAGUCAACGUUUCAACAGUCCCUUGGCUUGUCUUUAACAAUUUGACUCGCGUUCUCUCUGGAAUACCACCCCUCUCGGCUAUUGGAACCAACCUUGUUUUUCCCGUGUCUAUUACCUCCGAUUACAACGAUACAGUGGACACCAGCAUCAAACUAAGUGUGUUGCCCUCGUGCUUUAGCUCGAUGCCUAUCCAGCCUGUGGCGGUGACGACAGGUACAUUCAUGACGUUUUCGCUCAAGGAGUAUAUUAUGGGCGGGCCUUCAACCCGGCAACAAUUAUUACCGAAUACAAUCCACGUACAGCGUCAUCCUGGCUCAGUUACGAUGUCCACAGGUUACAAUGAGGUAAAUGUUACGUUUAGCGCAACUGACUCGGAGACGCACGCCAUAUCGACUACGUCCUUGGUUCUAUCUAUUUCCCCUAAUGCCACAUUUGGACCAGAGGUUUGGGAAGAUCGGCAUGGACACGGUGUUGGCCAUCGAGCAAAGACAGCAGUUCUGGUAACCUUUUCUGUUAUUGGUGGCGCUAUAUUCGUAUGCUGUUUGCUCGCUCUCUGCCGGCGCUGUUGUGCAGUUCGCGAUCCGUGCGAAGACGACGAGAAUGCAAGCCAAUGGAAAGGUCGGGGUGUCGUCCGGGUGGGUGCUCAUUGCGCUGGCCAGAUGGAAAAAUCAGUACGGAGUGUUGAGUUAGGCCGAGCAAGCGGCGAAACGACCGUUGGAUUGGAGGGAGGAUAUAAACUUACCUCUUCCGAGAUCUUUCCGCCCCAGAUACAUGGCUCCAACCCUGGACGUAAGGCAAUAGACGGUAAAGGAGUCGGUAUCUUCCAGCGCCUGUCGGCCGCAUCAAAAUGGAAACUUCAAGAUCAUAGUUUGGGAUCACAAUUAGGUCGAGUUCGGCGAUCUCAGAUUUCUUGCCCUGUUUUGAUCGACGACAAUCGCAUGCUGGGAUUCACCGAGAAUGUCUUUUUAGAGGGCAAACGGCGUUCAAAUGGUUCUGAACAGGACCUCGUUCAACAUGGAAGACAGUGCCUAUCUGGUGUACCAAACCACGUUCCGAGUUUUGAGCGGCCCGGGACCAAACCUGAGGCACAUGGGAGACUGCUAUCACGCGAGAGUUCGACACAAAUCAUGUAUGACCACACCAGCCGAUCAUUCAGUGAGUCUGACGAGAGCUCACUGACAAGUAUUCCUCGUCGGAGAUCCGAUUUUUUGCCUCCACGAGAUCAACGGGUGGACGGAUCCGAACAGCCGCGUCCCAGCACCGCUGGACCAGCACACUUUAUUCGACCUUCAGUUUCUUCCGAAACCAUUGGUAAUGAACCUAGAGAGGCCGCGGUUAUUGCCACCGCUGCCCGCCAGGUACUUCCCAGUAUCGUUAAGCAAAGAUAUGACCGUCCCGUCCUCCCCUGGAAGCCUCAGUAUAACCGUGUAGGACGACCACGAUUGGUGCAACUUAAUAGCGAGAAGAGGGUGCUGGCUUCAAAUGAGGGGGCAAGCACUUCUCGAAAUCGCUCCCAGAAGGCUGUGAUAAAUAAUCUGUCCCGAGCAAGUGAAGGCAACAAUGAACCCAACCAACUCCACCAAGACAGACGUUUAUCCCUAGGUGUCCGUUAUGUCCCAUCCUUGGACGAUGGCAUAGAUAUUGGAUCUGCUGUAUUCUAUAUGACUCCUUCUGUAGGAACGGCACCUUCUCCUGUGACUGGACCGGGAAAGUCGCCUACUUUACUCGGCGAAUGCAUAGGACCCCCCAAGGCUAUAAUACAUUCGCUGAACCCAGACGUUAACAACACUGCACCAAUUCGCACAUCAUCUCGUUGUUCAAAGAUCCCGAUUGGGACUCCGUUUGCAAUCUCGGUUCCCUUCGAGAUUAUCCCCUCUCGAGGCGCGGAGAUAUCGGUCCGCCAACAGAACGGGAAGCCUGUCCCAGCUUGGAUUAACUUGGACCAACGUGAUGUCGAGCUAUGGGGAGUUCCUUUGAAAGAACACCUGGGAACCCACUUGUUAGAAAUCUUGGAAGGUACGAAGGAGGGUCAACGGGUUGUGGCUAGAAUGUCUCUUGAGGUGGUCCAGUGGGAGUGA